UGAGGCAGGUGGCUCUCCUCAGCUUGUUCCUGGCGGUUCUCUUCGCCCUGUAUCUGGUGCCAUUGGGCAUGUAUUCGCCCUGCAUCAAAGAGAAGGGCACACUGGGGCCGGCGCCCACCCUCAUCGGGCACAGAGGAGCACCCAUGCUUGCACCAGAAAAUACCCAGAUGUCCUUUGAGAAGGCUGUAGAAGCGGGAGGAGAGGGACUGGAGACAGACGUCACAAUCAGUUAUGAUGGCGUCCCGUUCCUGAUGCAUGACAGCACCCUGAGGAGGACGACCAAUGUGCAUGAGGUGUUCCCCAACCGGACGGACGCGCCGGCGGCCAUGUUCACCUGGGAUGAGCUGGAGAUGCUCAGCGCUGGAUCCUGGUUUCUUCAAAGGGAUCCUUUCAGCACGGCCUCUUCUCUCGAUGUAGACGAGAAGGUUCGGGUCCAGAACCAGACGGUACCCACCUUGAAGGAGUUCCUGAAUCUGGCUGCCCAGCAUGAGAGGCUGGUGAUCUUUGACCUCAGACGCCCACCCCGAGGACACCCGUACAGAGACGCGUGGAUCACACGCACCCUGGAGGUCAUACACAACGAGUCCUCCAUUAACUCCAGCAAG